CACACGUACGCGCCCGCGUGCCCGCGCGCCAGAGAAGCGACGAGAAACCUGCAGCGCGGCAGCCCCGCAACGAGCGAGCCUCCUCCCCCCUCCCCUUCCCCUUGGCUGCCUUUCCUCCCCCAUCCAUUUCGCCAAACCUCCCAUUAUUAGCCUGCUGCUGCUGUCGUCGCAGUCUGCAGGCACCGUCGGAGGACAAGUUCUGUACGUACGUGGACGGGACGCUGAUCGUUCGCCGGCGGCGGGCGGGCAGGAUGGAGGGGAAGCACAUGGUGAUGUCGGCGGUGGGGAUCGGGAUAGGGGUCGGGGUUGGGCUGGGCCUGGCGUCCGCGCCGUGGGCCGGUGGAGGGUCGGGCUCGGGCCCGGCGCGGGCCGGGGUCACGCUGGAGCGGGUGGAGCAGGAGCUCCGCCGCCUCGUCGUCGACGGCAAGGACAGCAAGGUCAACUUCGACGAGUUCCCCUACUACCUCAGUGAGCAAACGCGUGUUGUGCUGACGAGCGCGGCGUACGUUCACCUGAAGCAAGCAGAGAUUUCGAAAUACACCAGGAAUCUUGCUCCGGCUAGCCGUGCAAUUCUGUUGUCAGGCCCUGCAGAGCUUUACCAGCAGAUGCUCGCCAAGGCGCUUGCACACUUUUUUGAAGCGAAAUUGCUCCUGUUGGAUCCUACAGAUUUUUUGAUAAAGCUUCAUGGCAAAUAUGGCACUGGUGGGAGCGACCAGUCUGUUAAGAGAUCCAUCUCCGAGACAACUCUUGAAAAGAUGUCUGGAUUACUCCAGUCUUUUACAAAGGUUCCACAGAAGGAGCAACCCAGAGGAUCCAUGCGUCGACAGAACAGCAUGACAGACAUGAAAUUAAGGAGCUCUGAAAGUACAAACAGCUUACCCAAGCUCAGAAGAAAUGCAUCUACUUCGUCCGAUAUGAGUAGCCUGGCAUCACAAGGCCCUCCAACUAAUUCAGCUCCUCUCAGACGUGCUAGCAGCUGGAAUUUUGAUGAGAAAAUUCUGGUACAAGCGCUGUACAAGGUUCUGGUCUCAGUAUCUAAGAAGAGCCCAAUUGUCCUCUACAUAAGAGAUGUUGAGAAGUUCUUUCACAAGUCCCCGAAAAUGUAUCUCUUGUUUGAAAAACUACUGAGCAAGCUUGAAGGGCCAGUGCUACUCCUCGGUUCAAGAAUCUUCGAUAUCGAUUUUGAUGAUGAAGAGUUGGAUGACAGGCUAACUGCUUUAUUUCCAUAUAAUAUAGAAAUCAAACCACCCGAAAAUGAGAAUCAUCUUGUAAGCUGGAACUCCCAGUUAGAAGAAGAUAUGAAGAUUAUUCAGUUUCAAGAUAAUCGGAAUCAUAUCACGGAAGUCCUUGCGGAAAAUGACCUCGAAUGUCUUGAUUUAGGCUCAAUAUGCCUAUCUGAUACAAUGGGCCUUAGCAAGUACAUUGAGGAGAUUGUGGUAUCUGCAGUUUCUUACCACCUGAUGAAUAACAAAGAUCCUGAGUACCGAAAUGGAAAAUUAAUUCUAUCUGCAAAAAGCUUGUCCCACGCAUUGGAAAUUUUUCAAGAGAACAAGAUGUGCGAUAAGGACACCAUGAAGCUGGAAGCUCAUGCUGACGCAUCAAAGAUUGCUGCAAAGGGAAUUGUUCCGAUUGCUGCAAAAUCAGAAACAAAACCUGCAACUUUGCUGCCACCAGCAGCUCCUGCUGCCGCUGCUCCUGCUCCUGAGAGCAAAAUAGAGCCAAAGAAACCAGAGAAUCCACCUCCUGCAGCAAAAGCACCAGAAGUGCCACCAGAUAAUGAGUUCGAAAAACGCAUCAGACCAGAAGUGAUACCUGCAAAUGAAAUUGGAGUUUCAUUUGAGGAUAUCGGUGCCUUGGAAGAUACCAAAGAAUCCCUUCAAGAGCUUGUCAUGCUACCUCUCCGGCGGCCUGAUCUCUUCAAAGGAGGUCUUCUUAAGCCCUGCAGAGGUAUAUUACUCUUUGGUCCUCCUGGAACUGGCAAGACGAUGCUAGCCAAGGCUAUUGCAAAUGAAGCUCAAGCAAGUUUCAUAAAUGUAUCGAUGUCGACUAUCACGUCAAAGUGGUUUGGUGAAGAUGAAAAGAAUGUUAGAGCAUUGUUCACAUUAGCUGCUAAAGUGUCACCCACUAUCAUUUUUGUUGAUGAGGUUGAUAGCAUGCUUGGGCAACGAAACAGAGCUGGAGAGCAUGAGGCAAUGAGGAAAAUUAAGAACGAAUUUAUGACACACUGGGAUGGUCUCUUGUCAAGACCAGACCAGAAAAUUCUUGUUCUUGCAGCAACCAAUCGUCCUUUCGAUCUUGACGAGGCUAUCAUUAGAAGGUUCGAGCGCAGAAUCAUGGUUGGCCUGCCAUCGGUGCAAAAUCGGGAAUUGAUUAUGAGGAGGCUUCUGUCAAAGGAGAAAGUUGACGAAGGAAUAGACUAUAAGGAACUAGCAAUCAUGACUGAAGGAUACAGUGGCAGCGAUCUCAAGAACCUCUGCACAACGGCCGCAUAUCGCCCUGUGAGGGAACUGAUCCAGAAGGAAAGGAAGAAGGAAUUGGAGAAGAAGAAACUUGAACAAGGAGGUACUCCAUUAGAUCCUUCAAAGAUAAAAGAAAAGGACAAGGGGAUCAUCCUAAGGCCAUUAAACAUGAAGGAUUUGAAAGAAGCAAAGAACCAGGUGGCAGCGAGUUUUGCUGCGGAAGGUUCCGUAAUGGGUGAACUGAAGCAAUGGAAUGAGUUGUAUGGUGAAGGGGGCUCGAGGAAGAAGGAGCAGUUGACAUACUUCCUCUGAACACAAGUGUAUGGACAUAAUUCAGAAACUAGAAUAGAAAGGGUUUGCCACGAGAAAAUAGGCCUGGAGCCUGAUCUGUAAGUUCAUGAGUUGAAACGGAAAAUAUUAGGGAGUAAAGGAAUGUCAGGCUAUAAAAGCCGGUUUUCUUUCUCAAGCUAUGGAAGAAACAGUUUCUCCACCUAAACUAUAGUUUGCCAGCGUUCGGAUGUUGUAUUACACAAAUAAUGAAUCUGCGGAGCAGAUUUCUUUUGUUCUGUUUUUUGCACAUCGUCACUGCUAA